AUGGGUUCUUCUCAAAAAUGGUUUUGCGUGCUUCUUCUUAUCUUGAGUGUGGUGUUAGAAUUGAAUGUAGUUGCUUUUGGAGAUAGCAAGAUAGAAAAAGAGACGUGGGGAGAUAAUGAUUGUGGAUUUGGAAGGAGAGGUUGUUUUGGUGGUGGACGUGGUGGAUUUGGAAGACCAGGAGGAAGAGGUCCUGGAUUUGGAGGUGGACGUGGAGGUGGUGGAGGAUUUGGUGGAGGAGCUGGAGGAGGUCUUGGUGGUGGAGGUGGAGUAGGUGGAGGUGGCGGUUUUGGUGGUGGAGGAGUUGGGGGUGGUGCAGGUAAAGGUGGAGGGUUUGGAGCAGGAGGUGGUGUUGGUGGAGGUGCAGGAGGUGGUGUAGGUGGAGGAGGAGGGUUUGGAGGAGGUGGAGGUGGUGGUGUUGGAGGAGGUUCAGGUCAUGGUGGCGGAUUUGGAGCUGGAGGUGGUGUAGGUGGUGGUGGAGGACUUGGUGGUGGUGCUGGUGGAGGAGGAGGAGGGGGUAGUGGUGGAGGCGGUGGCCUUGGAGGUGGUUCAGGUCAUGGAGGUGGGUUUGGAGCUGGUGGAGGUGUAGGUGGUGGUGCUGGAGGACUUGGUGGAGGUGCUGGAGGAGGAGGUGGUGGCGGUGGAGGAGGUGGCAUUGGUGGUGGCUCUGGGCAUGGAGGAGGGUUUGGAGCAGGAGGUGGAGUAGGGGGUGGCAUUGGAGGAGGAGCAGGUGGAGGUGGCGGCGGAGGAGGAGGUGGAGGUGGAGGUGGAGGCGGUGGUGGCAUUGGAGGUGGUUCUGGCCACGGUGGUGGAUUCGGUGCCGGAGGAGGUGUUGGAGGUGGGGCAGGUGGAGGAGUUGGAGGUGGUGGAGGAUUUGGAGGUGGUGGUGGUGGUGGUGGAGGAAUAGGGGGAGGAUCAGGCCAUGGUGGUGGUUUUGGAGCUGGUGGAGGUGUAGGAGGUGGAGCUGGAGGCGGUGCAGGUGGUGGUUUAGGAGGUGGCCAUGGAGGUGGAAUUGGUGUUGGGGUUGGAGUAGGCAUUGGCGUAGGGGCUGGUGCUGGUGCUGGCAAGGGCGUUGGUGUUGGUAGUGGUUCCGGCAGCGGUGGAGAAGGUGGUGGACAGUAG